AUGAAACAAACCAUUAUUAGUUCUUUUGUGACAGGGACACCAAAUGGAGCCUCUCCAACAACCACAUCCCCAACAACCACCUCUCCAACCAAUGUUACCAAUAAACCAGUACCAGCCCCUCCUACUCCCAUGAAGGUUGUUCACAAGAACAAUAAAUCAAAGACCAGUGCCAUCACAAUGACACAAUCCUCCAUUGAAAGUUAUUUCACAGUCAAACCAGUCCCAAAUGGAACAUCUUCACCAAAUACACCUGCAUCAACCUCUUCCAUACCUACAUUAUCUUUGUCUUCAUCGAUAAUGAUACCUCAAGUAUUUGUAGAUAAUAAUAGUACUCUUAAUUCAAUCAACCAACAAAUACCUGUACAAACAUCACAAUACAAACAACACCAACUCCAAUUCCAAAAACCUCCUACUCCAACCACAUCCGCCUCGUCAACAAGCACAUCCAAUAACAGUACAUUCAUUACAAACCAAUCUUCGUUUGGCAAUGAUGUCAAGUUUACAGGAUCCAAUAUCUUGGCUCCUGACGAUGAGUAUACUUCAACCACAUCAACCUCUACAACUACGACAUCUACCACCUUAUCUACCUCUUCAACUACAUCCACAUCUCCAACAAGUCAUGUACAUAUUAAACUUGACAUUGAAUAUUACGAGCACAAUCUUCGCUUUUGGGAGCGCACCAAACAUCUUACCGAGGAGCAACAAGGUCUCAAAAUGGAAAAUAUAAAGAAUCAUCCAGCAAUGCAAGGUUUAACUCCUUGUCAAAUAACAACGAAGUUGAGCAGAAUAUCGACCAACCCCAGUGAAUACAAUGAAGAUGAUGACGAACAACUUGUAGAAUUAUUCAAAAGUACUGGUGGAAACUGGAUUCAAAUUGUCGCAAAGUAUACUCAUCACGAUGAAUCAAUUUUAACUGGUAAAAAGUCGGUCUCCCAAUUGAGGUCAAGAUUUAGAUCAGUGCCAGUCCUUCAGAGAUUUAUUAAUCAGUCUGGAGACAAGGACAAACUAUUAAAAUUAUAUGACAAAGCAACUCCAGUAAAGAACUGGGUUUCUUUCUUUCAAUCUCUCCGUGAGGAAUUCGUGUCAUUAACACAUGUACCGGAUGAUCCGGUAAAAAGAUUGGUAAAAUCAGUCGUCUUUCCGUGUGAUAUCAAUUUCAAAAACAUGAUUGAACAAAAAGAAUACUUGCACGAAUUGUUUGAUAUUCAUGGUGGUGAUGAUUUUCAACUGAUAUCAGAUCUUUUUGCGCAGAGAUUUAAUGUUAUAUAUCUCAACCCACAAAGUAUUGCUAGAUGGUAUCAUCUCUACCUCUAUCCUUUUCGAGAUUGGAGCGAAGAAGAAGAGGCCAAGUUGGAAAAUAUGGUUGAAAAUAUGAAUCAAAACCAAGUGCCGUCAUUCAAUGAUUUAUCGAAAGAUUUAAAGUUGGUUAAUGUAAAGCGUUCGGCAUACCAAGUGAAGCGAAAAUUCUACUCCAAGUAUGGAGUGGACGACCUCAUUAGAAGUCACGAGCCCAUCCUCCUUAAAAAGUUGGUCGAAGAUAUCAGUUCUUUACGCCGUACGUCUGGUUCAAUGGGUAGUGCUGCAAUUCCAACUCUCUUGAAAAAAUUAGGCAUCCCCCAAAGAAUGAAGUUAGCUUGCUUUGUAUACUUUCGCAAAUUUGAUCCAUCUUAUUCAAAUAUCGAAAUGCCAUUUGACAACAAGAUCCUUGAAACCGAAGGAGAUCAAGCCAAGUUGUUAAAACUCUCCCUAGUUCUUAAUGAAUCCUUGAGAAAUAGAAACGAAAGCAAUCAUUUAGUUAAAGAGAAAUUAAGUUCAAGCAGAAUUAGAUCUAUUAUGAAAGAUCAGUCUUAUGUAAGAGAAUCCAAGACCUUACCAGGAUGCCCCAAGUUUCCAGAUCUAAUCAUCGAAUGUUCAAAUGGAAUCGGUAUUGUAUUUGAGACCGACGAGUUUCAACACAGUUCGGAAUCGGCCGAUGAUCACAUUUCCAGAAUGAAUAUUAUUUAUCCAUUUGCAUUUAAACAUGUUGGAACAAAGGUAAUGAUCAUCCGUUUCAACCCAGAAAAUGGCGACAUUGGAAGAGGUAUUGAUGACACCUUUAAAGAAGUCAAUUUGUUUCUGAAAGAAACUGAACUUGUAGAUGGAGCUAAGUAUGUCGCCUAUUCUCAAUAUACCUCCCACAGAUUCCAAUAUUACCUCACCUCAAAUAAUUUGGGCAAACAUAUCAAGACUAUUGAUAAAGUUGAAUUUUUCCAACUUUUUUAA